AUGGUUGAAUUUAAAUUAAAGGUAGAGGAAGCUAUAAAGUUAUAUAAUGAAGAAAUGAUAUGGGAUAGUCAUCUUAUUAUUCAAGAAUUAAUCCAAAAAUAUGGUGAAAAUAAUGUAUUUAAUAUUAUUAGUAUUGCAGGUGAAAUUCAAAGAAGGGCAGCAAUUAUUGCAGAAUUUAUUUUAAGUGUAAAUAAAAUGAAUAUAAAUGAAAUUAAUAUAUCUGAAAAUAUAUAUAAUUUAAAUAAUAAUUCAAAUGUUAUAUCAGAGUCUACAUCCUCAAAUAUAUAUAUAGAUCCAAAUAAUAAUGAUUCUAAUAUAUUUACAAUGCAUAUAGAAUCAAAUAAAUCUAAUAUUAAUAAAUUAACAUUAAAUAUCAAUUCAGUAAAUACAAAUAAUUCUGAAUCAAAUGUUGAUUUAUCAAUUUGUAAUAUAGAUAAAUAUUUUAAUAUAGAUGGAUCUAUUAAAAAGGAUAUUUUAAUAGGAAAUUGUAAUAGUUUAAUUGUUAAUGAAGGGAAUAAUAUUUGGAGACAUGUUAUUUCAGAUAAUUCACUUAAUUUAUGGUAUUGCUUACAUAAUGAUUCAACAAUAAUUGAACUAUGUUUUCAAGGUGAUAUAGAGACUGAUAUAUUAAAUGUAUUAACAGUUUUAUAUGAAAGAGAUUUAUAUAAAGAAUGGAUUCCAUAUUUUAAAUAUCCAAUAAAAUUUGGAUUAUCUAAUGUUAAUGAGAUGAUGAAUAAAGGUAGAUUACAUAUAAUAACAAGUAUUAAAAUAGAUAUUCCAUGGCCAUUUUAUAAUAGGGAAGUUAUUUUAGAGAUAUGGGCUAGUAAUGAAUUACAUUCUAAUAAUCGGAUUUUUAUAUACGUAUCUUCUAUAGAUGAAUUUGGAUAUAAUUCAAGGCUUGAUAUUGAGAUACCCAAACCUUCUGAAAUGAUAAGUAGAGCAAGUGUAUUAGGGGGAGGUUUUAUAACUCCAAAUUCUCAUAAUCUUACAAAUAUACUUUUUAAAUGGAAGUUUGAUUUAUUUGUCAGGGCUCCAAAUUUUAUUUUAGAUUUUUUUCUUAAAGUAUUUAUUAAAGCAUGUUGGUUAAAAUUUCGUUCAGUUUGUAUCAAUGCAAAUAAAGUUAAUUCAUUACAUUUCCAAAGAUUAACAUCUAAUUCUGAAAUAUAUAAUUUUGUAAGAGAGAAACUAAAGACAAGUCCAAAGUAUAAUAAUUCAAAUGAAGUUUAA